AUGUCCCCGCCUCUUUUUGACGUCUUCCGUCAGUCCCCUAUGAAAGAUACGACGGAUCAAGCAGAGUCCAGAUAUUUACCUUCUCGGGAAGUCAGUGAUGAUACCAUUGACGAUGCUUAUGUCACGUUCAUUCUAUACUGCAAUCCAAACGUUCCAUCAUCUGUUGACACUUCUGAGCUUCGAAAGACAUUCCGUUCUCCGCCUCGAAGUGAUGGCAAAAGCUUUAGUGUAUUCACGCUGUAUCAGCUCAUCCGGAAGCUUGACAACAAAGAGCUCAAAACAUGGGUUCAACUCGCAAUGGAACUGGGUGUGGAACCUCCUUCUCAAGAGAAGAAGCAAAGUACUCAAAAGGUACAACAGUACGCGGUUCGACUGAAGCGAUGGAUGCGUGCAAUGCACGUGGACGCUUUUUUUGAAUUCUGCUUAGGCCACCCCCAUGUCUACUACACUCAGCUACCGCCCAGUGGACCGUUUGUGAGCGAGUCUCGCGAUGGCGUACCACUGGAGGAAGACCUCGCUUUGCGGGCAUUGGUGCCCCAGUGGAAACCAAAACGUGGACGAAAGCGGGCGGACGAGCGAGAGCAGGACGAUGAAAAAUCCACAAAAAGACCUCAGUUAGAUACGUCGGCAGCUGGGCUACAACCUCGUGCAUUUCCCAGUCACUCCGUGCAGUUUCCUCAGAGCGCCAUACCUUUCAGUGCUUAUCCCGCUGACGAAGACGCCUGGAUGACUGCCUCCUCUACCUUCGCACAACAAACCUCGACGGAAAAUCAUGGUCAAGACCUAGGCUGGAGGCUUCCGGAGCGUGAGACUUCCCCAGCAGGGUAUCCACAAUCAGCCAUCAUACCAAGAAGUAAUCAGUCUUCAGAAGCUUUCAUACUAGCAGAGCCACGAUCUGCGGUCACUCCGUCUUCUGCAGACAAGAGUCGUGCCCGACGCCGGCACGGACCCGCGGUAUCAUCUGCAUGGCCGAGCAGCAAUGGCUCAAUAAAUGGGAAAGGUCGGGGACGGCCGCCUAGCAAGGCCUUGAAUUCUGGAUCAUUUUCCACGUUUCAGGUCAAUGCUAGCAGAGAUGCGUCACAGACUCCGCAGCCAUACACCGCACAAGUUCCGACAUUCACUGCGACUCAAGAUGGAGCAAACGGUCGGCUCCACGCGAGUAUUAAUCAGACAGGGACCCCCACACCAGUCCCUCCAGUCAGGCCAGGCAAACUGCAGCUUCAAGUUCCUCGCCAUGAGGGUGCUCCAGUACGACUGGCGACGCCCCCGACGUUGCUUGUCAAUGGUGUCAAUGGUUCUAUCGUCUCACAAGACCAUGGGGUGAGUCCUGGUCAGGCAUACCAAGUACCCGACCGGUCGGAUUCGAUGAGUGGACCUACAAUAUCGGAGAAAAGGCAACCUGAUCAAUAUGCUUCCUUUGACCAUCUUGUUCUGGCUUUAUCGAGUGAGCUCGCAAAACAAACUGUGGAAUCCACUGUUGCGGGACGACCCACCCGUCCCGUUACUCCACAAGAAGCGCGAAUCUUGGCAUCCGCUCUCGUUACACAAGGGAGGAAUCUUUACUCAAAAGUUCUAGGAUCUAUGACGUUGAAUUUCUUGACUUUCCAGCUUGGAGUUGGUCAAAGAGCAGGAGCACCUGUUUGUUGUCGACGCACAAUCACUGCUACCGCUGAACGUACACUGAGUCAUUCCAACGGAUACAAUCGCCCCGAAGUGGCAUCGUUUCAAGGGAUAACGCGUUAUGUGGUCCAGAUGGAGUAUGAUUCAUUGUCGCGGGUGACAAUGGAGGUCACUCUCGCAGACCAAGACACAGGCGUUUUGUCAUUGCAAGACUCCGGUCGAGACGCGUUGCCCUCGCGCAACUCACACGACCUUGAAGUUCCCAAUGACCUCGGAGAUACCGAAUUUGACGAUCACGAACUUGAUCAACCACUGCCUGAUGGCUCAUGGAAACAACAAUACAUGAGACUACGCGCCCAAAUGCAACGCAAGGAGAAAUCUCUUUCUCAAUAUAAACGAAAAAUUGUCGAGUCCGUGAUGGCAGACAUUUGA